UCCGCGCCGGCUCGGUAAGCCGCAGCUGGGGGCGCGCACGUGGGCGGCUGUGUGCAUGGAUGGAGGCGGCGGGGGCUGGAAGUCGCGGCCCGGGGCUGGCGCUCUGCGGAGGCCUGAUGGCUGCCAGCGGCGGGAGUCGCUUCCUAGCAGCCCGCUAUCAGGAGCCCAGCAUGGAUGAUCUCUUCAUGUAUGACUGCAUCACUGCAGGCAAGAAGUCUCAAGAAGACAGAGGACAGGAUGGACAGCCAGCAAUUAAAACAAGUGAUGAUAUUCUCACUUUUGCCUUCUCCUCAUCGGGAGACUAUUUUGCUGUGACUGACGACAACAAACGUCUGAUUCUUUUUCGUACUAAGCCUUGUUGGGAAUGCCUUAGUGUCAGGUCUGUUGUUAGAAGAUGCACAUCUCUGAUUAUUACAUCUACAGAGGAUAAGAUUCUGGUUGCAGACAAGUCUGGUGAUGUUUAUUCUUAUUCAAUAACAGAACCACAAAAGGCAGGAAAGGUUGAGCUUGGGCACCUGUCCUUACUUUUGGAUGUGGCGCUCAGUCCUGAUGACCAGUAUAUCCUAACUGCAGACAGAGAUGAGAAGAUUCGAGUCAGUUUGACUAGAGCACCGCAUAGCAUCGUAUCUUUCUGUCUUGGGCACAGAGAGUUUGUAAGCAGAAUAUUUGUAAUACCAAACUUUCCAGAUCUUAUGCUUUCAGCUUCUGGGGAUUGUACUCUCAGGCUUUGGGAAUACAAAAGUGGAAAAGAAGUGCAGUGCUGUCAUCUAAACAGUUUAAAUAGGCCUGAGGCAACCAAAAAUGACAAGAAAUACACCGUGUCAAGACUUGCCUAUUGUUGUCAAGGAAAUUUCAUUGCCAUUCUGUGCGACUGUAUUCCUACAGUUUACAUCUUCCAGUUGGAUGCUGCUACCCAGCUGUUAGAUUACAAACACCAGAUCUCUUUGAAGCAUAAAGGCUGGGACGUUGUAUUUGAGGAAUCAGGUGGGCUCUGGAUACUACAGGAGGACAAAGAAGCACCACUUUUACUCUACAGGCCUGUGAAUGGACAGUGGCAGCCUGUUGCUGAUGACAGAGGGUUAAUGAAAAUGUCAAAAUACCUGCACGACAACUGGACAAUGUUUGAAGGUUCUGUUGGGACAGAAAGCUGCUACAGCAGUCUUUACAAGGCCUCGUUUGACAACAUGGCUGUUUAUCUACAAAAGAAAGAGGAAAGACUCCAGCAGCAGCAGAAGAAGAAAAGAAAAGAAUUGCAGCCUGAAUCUCAGAGAGAAACUAAAAAGAUCAGAACAAGUGAAUCAUCCUGACCAUUAACUGCACCGUUUGCUUGUAACUUCUGGAACACUGAAAGAAAUUGAGCUAGGCACUGGACUUUUAUCUAAGCAAAGUAAAUGACAAACAAAUAGUUUGUAUGUCACAUAGGGGACAGUUUUAAUGAAUCAGGUUAAUUUUCUUGUCAUCACAAUAUCCUGCUUGCAACAGAUAUUUUAUUUACUAUAUAUAUUGUUCCUUGCCCUUUGUUCUAGCCCAGCAAUUGGAAAACUUAAUGUUGGUAAUGCAGCAUUAGCAGUCUGAAGCACUAGAUCUUCCUAGUGAGAGAGUGCUUUACAUGGAGAAUAGAUGUCUUUCUUACUAUACUCCAUAUAUCACCUACAUUGGGGCUGGUUUCCUAAGGAAAAAGUGUGUAAUUAGACGUUGAUGCCAAGUAUUUUAGUUUUGUUUUAGAUAGUUCAUUUAAUACUGCAGCCUAGAAAAGGAUAAUCAUGAAAAAUUAUUCUUUUGAAAUUUUUUUUUAAAUAUGUGUAUAUAUAAGGCUGUAACUAGCAGGCUUUUGCCACAUUUAUUUUUAUGCUUAAACUACAGAUUGUUAUGAAUUCUAUGUUGCUACUUAAUCCAGCCCUCUUUACUCAGAGAAUUCCCACUGGAAGCAAUGCAGGAAUAGAUUUUACAUAUUGUAAAGCAGCAAAAGGUGUCAACCAAAUCCCAAAGCCAAUUGAUGAAGACUGAUUUGCUGCAUUCUGCUUAUUUGUACAAAUGGUUUCGGAGGACCUAGUGCAAUACUAUCUCGUAUGUUCUUUUUUUUGAGACUGAAGUUUGACGCUAGCUAAGAAAUAAAAAUCUUGACAACGGUUGAGAUAAUCUUAUGGCAUCAGUUGUUAUUUUAUCAUACAUGUAUUUAAUGGCAGAGAAACUGCAUCUAUAUCAAUGCAACUUGUACAUUAUAUUCCAAGAAGACUUCAGAAGGAAUUGUAAAACUGGAUGUAUAAAUCCAUAUGCUCCAUUAAAAACCUGAGACACUAUGAAAUGAAAA